AUGUUGGAUUUUUCAAAUUGCCUCCUCUUCCUCGCCCUCUCCUCGCCAAAGUGCGCCCCCCUCUACGCUUUUCACACAAUUGUGUUCAACUUGCGCGCGUGGCCUACUGGCUACACAGUGUGCCAGAAAAUCUCAAUUUUCCUGUAUGUCGACUGGACACUCUGGAAAAAUGCAACUGAGAAUGAGGAAGGAAAAAGUUCUGGAAUAGUGGACGGAAGUGUUAAGUUUGCGGAUUUCGAAAAAAAUUUUCAGUUGAUAACUUGUGUCAGAGUUACUUCGAAACAACAAUCAACGUCAUCUUCUUCUGCUCAUCGUCAUCGACUGAAGGAAAAAUGGACAAAACGAGAAGCUCCGAUGCCGUUUCAGCCAGUUCGACAACAGCGGAAGAGAAUAAUAUAA